AAAUGUAAUGUGAAGAGCAACAACAAACGUGUUCGAAAACCGAAACUAAGAUUGUAUAUGAGUAUUAAAAAUAUGAAUGUUACUAACAAAUAGUUAUUAUUUAAGACUACAUGAUGAAAAGGGAGAGAACAGGCGACAAUUGUCGUCCUUUUAAAUUAGCCCAUCAAAUUUUGAGUUUAACCGGUAUCAGUUUCGAACGUAGAAGCGUCAUUGGUUUUGUUGAAUUGACGAUUGUGCCCUUAAAAGAUAAUUUAAGAUACAUUCGUCUGAACGCAAAACAAUGUCGUAUUUAUAGAGUAUGUUUGAAUGACCAAUAUGAAGCCAACUUUCAAUACUUUGAUCCUUUCUUGGAUAUAUGUCAGAGUGAUCCAAAUACUAGAUCUCUCGAAGUCUUCUCUCAGUUUCAUUUGUCAGCUGCACAGAAAAUUGACCCAGAUCACAAUUCUGGGGAGCUGCACAUACAGGUGCCUGAUGAUGCGGCACAUUUGGUGGGAGAGGGCAGGGGACUGAGAAUAGGUAUAGAAUUCUCAUUAGAGUCCCCACAGGGUGGUAUGCACUUUGUUGUUCCUGAAGGAGAGGGUAGUUUAAUCGAGAAAUCUGCACAUAUGUUCACAUAUGGCCAUUCAGCACGGCUUUGGUUUCCUUGUGUAGACAGUUUUGCAGAGCCUUGCACUUGGAAACUUGAAUUUACUGUGGAUGAAUGUUUAACUGCGGUAUCUUGUGGGGAGCUGUUAGAUGUGGUUUACACACCUGAUCAUAGACGAAAGACAUUCCACUAUGUUGUGAAUACUCCAGCUUGUGCACCAAAUAUUGCUUUGGCUAUUGGACCUUUUGAAACAUAUGUGGAUCCAUUUAUGAAUGAAGUUACUCAUUACUGUUUGCCUAAUCUCUUGCAAAUACUUAAGAAUACUGUACGCUAUCUCCAUGAAGCAUUUGAGUUUUACGAAGAGACACUGUCGACCAGAUAUCCCUAUCCAUGCUAUAAACAAGUCUUUGUGGAUGAAACGGAAGAUGAUGCUACGGCAUAUACAACAAUGUCGAUACUAAGUACACAUCUCCUGCAUUCCAUUGCUAUCAUCGAUCAAACUUAUGUGAGCCGUAAAGCAAUGGCACAAGCGGUAGCAGAACAAUUCUUCGGCUGUUUCAUAACUAUGCAGAAUUGGUCCGAUUUAUGGUUGGCCAAAGGUAUUCCCGAAUAUCUUUGCGGUCUGUACUCUAAGAAAUGUUUUGGAAAUAAUGAAUAUAGAUAUUGGAUACAUCAAGAGUUGCAAGAGGUGGUAGGUUAUGAAGAACAGUAUGGUGGAAUGGUCCUAGAUCCAUGGCAGCCUCCAGCUAGCGGCGCUCGAGUUGAAGCUAAAGAUGUAUUUUAUUUCCCAGUUAGGAAUGUCCAUACCAUGUCACCCAGGUACAUUGAGAUAAUGCGAAAAAAAUCCCACUUAGUUUUGCGAAUGUUGGAACAACGUAUUGGCCAAGAGUUACUCCUUCAAGUAUUUAAUAAGCAGCUGUCGUUGGCCACCAAUGCAGCCAAUACCAAAAUUGGCAGCGGUCUAUGGGGACAUCUACUUCUUUCCACGAAUCUCUUCGUUAAAGCCAUAUUCACUGUAACAGGGAAAGAUAUGGCAGUGUUUGUGGAUCAGUGGGUACGGACAGGAGGUCAUGCCAAGUUCCAACUUACGUCUGUUUUUAAUAGAAAAAGGAACACAGUGGAGUUAGAAAUUCGUCAAGACUGUGUCCAUGAGCGUGGUAUUAGGAAGUAUGUGGGGCCUCUAUUAGUUCAACUGCAAGAAUUAGACGGAACAUUCAAGCAUACGUUACAGAUCGAGAACAUUGUCGUUAAAGCUGACAUUACAUGUCACAGCAAGAGUCGACGUAACAAGAAGAAGAAAAUUCCCCUCUGUACCGGAGAGGAAGUUGAUAUGGAUCUUUCUGCUAUGGACGAUUCCCCAGUGCUCUGGAUCCGUCUGGACCCAGAAAUGUCCCUGCUACGUAGCACGGUGAUAUCUCAACCGGACUACCAGUGGCAGUACCAGCUGCGCCACGAGCGUGACGUCACGGCUCAGAGCGAGGCGAUAGACGCGCUCCACAACUACCCAGAACCCGCUACAAGGAAGGCCUUGACGGAUACUAUCGAGAACGAACAGACGUAUUACAAAAUUAGGUGCAGGGCGGCCCUUUGUUUGACUAAAGUGGCUAAUGCUAUGAUAAGUUCGUGGGCGGGUCCGCCGGCGAUGCUGACGAUCUUCCGUAAGAUGUUUGGCUCUUUCUCCGCUCCUCACAUCAUCAAGCAGAACAACUUCGAUAACCUGCAGCACUAUUUCCUACAAAAGACAAUACCCGUGGCUAUGGCAGGCUUGAGGAACAUCCACGGUAUCUGCCCCCCAGAGGUCGUCAGGUUCUUAUUGGACCUCUUUAAAUACAACGACAAUUCUAAGAAUCAUUUCUCUGACAACUAUUACAAGGCAGCCCUUGUAGACGCUUUGGCUGCGACCAUCACGCCCGUGAUAUCUGUGUUACAGCCCGGUGCUCCAAUAACGGCAGAUUCAUUGUCUGCUGACACUCGCCUGGUCCUCGAGGAGAUCACUCGCGUGUUGAACUUGGAGAAGGUGUUGCCUUGUUACAAGAACACGGUGUCCGUGAGCUGCCUGCGCGCCAUACGCAGGAUGCAGCAGUGCGGACACUUACCCAGCAUACCCACUGUGUUCCGAGCCUACGCGGAGUAUGGCCAGUACAUAGACGUCCGCCUGGCCGCGUUCGAGUGCCUGGUGGACUUCGUGCGCGUGGACGGCAAGCCGGAGGACCUGUCGUCGCUGCUGACGGCCGUGGAGAACGACCCCGACCCCGGCGUGCGGCACGGCCUGGCGCGCCUGCUCGUCUCCAUGCCGCCCUUCGAGAAGGCGGCGCGCCACCGCCUCGACACGGAGGCGGUCGUGCACAGAUUGUGGAAUAACGUCAAUAGCCAAUUGUCAAAUGACGCAAGACUCCGAUGUGAUCUUGUAGAUCUUUAUUACACAUUGUAUGGUCUGAAACGGCCUUUAUGUGUUCCUCUGCCGGAAAUUCAGGCUAUGAUGAAACAAAUGCACCACAAGGAAAGGGAAAGGCUUGACAGAGAGCGGGAGCGAUUGGAAAGAGAAAAGGAAAGACAGAGGGAGAUGGAUAUGAAGCCUGUCAUCAAACAAGAGAUAGAAGAUAUCCCCAUAAAGACCGAGUUAGACAUCGGUCCCAUGGACGAAAUACCGAUUGAAGCUCCAAGAGAUGACGUACUCCCCGUCCCAAUCUCAAACAUCAAGGAAGAAGAUGACAAAAUUGAUAUAAUGUCCGUGCAAGACCUGCCAGUCAGAGUUUACAGCGAUGAAGCGAAGCGUGAGUUUGUAUCUGACAACGCGGUAGCUUUACCCGGUAUUCCAGGCUCGUCAGGUCCGAUUGGUUUCGAGCCAGGCAUGUUCAGACACGAUAAAGAUGAUCUAGGAGGUCCUAAAGCGAAAAAGAAGAAGAAGGAAAAGAAGAAACACAAACAUAAACACAAGCACAAGCAUAGCAGUAAAGAUAAAUCUAAAGAUCACAAGGACAAGUCUUUUCCUCCCCGACCUCCCUCUUCAACGGACCAUUUGAAAAUCAAAGAGGAGACGCGGGAAACGUUGAGUUCCUUCAGUUCGAGUCAGAGCCCGUCCGAGGACGUGUCUUCAAUGCCGUCGAAUAUGAGUUUCUAAUAUAUAAUGUUAAUAUUUUUAAAUUUACAUAAAGAAGAAUAUUUUUAAAGUAUAAAAUAGGAAUAUGUCCAUAACUUUUGAUUUAUAAAAUGAUCAAAUAAAAAUCUAUAAUGUUAUUAACCACAGAUAAAAUUUCGUGGGUCUGAUAAGAGUUUGUUUGAUAUAAUUAAAUUCUUAUUUCAUUAAGGCGGUAAUGUAAGUUUAAGCUGUACUUCAUAAAAAUAUUAUUAAAUAAUAAAAGAUAAGCGUAA